CACGUCACUUAUUCACUCUCUUUUAUUUCCACUUUGUGCAUCCUUAUUUUUCGACUUAUACAGCUGUUCGCCCAUGGUGGAAACUCUGUUCUAUCUAAACGAUCUCGAGUCACUGACUGGUUAAAAAUUGAAUGCUACCACUGAACACGAAUAUUGAAAGUUUUUCUGAAACCACGUGCACCAUUCAAACUGGCUGCCUUCAACGUUCACACACUAAUUCAGGUCAGACAACAGAUAGGGCUGGCUAUGUCUUUAGAAAGUCUUAAUAUCGAUGUUUGUUGUCCAUCCGAGACCCGUAUUCAAGACUGAUGAAGUACUACAAAUUCGCUCUCCAUCUGUCACUUCAAAAAGCUUGUUUUACGUGCGUUUAUCUGGGGACCCUGUGGCAUCUUCGUCUGGUCUUGCUGGCGUUGGUGUCACAUUAAGCGCUAGAGCUGAGGCAGCACUAAUCCCCAUUAACAGUCAGUUAUGUGCUGUUAGAUUAGAGAGUUCCAUCAAAGUGAGAAGAAAUCGGCGUGAGAAACGAUGCUUUUCGUCAUCUCCGCCUAUGUCCCGACAGAUUGCAGCCCGGAUGAAUUCUAUCACCAGUUAACUGUUCUUCUCCAGAAAGUGCGUUCGACAGAUAUUGUAGUACUAGCCGGAGACAUGAAUGCUCAGGUCGGGCGUCUAGGCACAGAAGAGAGUCGUUUAGGUGGCCGAUGGGGACUCGUUGGUCGCAGGUCAGAUAACGG